UAUGUGUUGUUGUUGAUCGAUAUCGAUCAUCAUUGGGUGGACUUGCCGUUAGCCCUGGGUCGGCGAUAUAUCCCCUGCCAUAAGUCUUAUCAGUAAUAUUGCUGGUAUUAAACUCACAAGGUGGGCUUCGUGCUGAUAGUCCUCCAAUCCAUCCUACAGCACCCUUCUCUGAGUCCCCCAUGGCGUCCACCGAACUAGCUACGGAGCGUGCUCUGUAUAUUGGGAAUACCAUUGGCUACGUCAUUUAUGGAGGAAUCCUAUUUCUAUAUGCCUAUUCUACCUACCUUAUUAUGGCCUCAAAGCAGCCAAUGCCGCGCAGGCUAUUCUACAUAAGUUUUGGAGGCCUUCAAGUGAUCCUUUUGACAGUCAGCGGCGCAGCUAAUGCCGCCUUCUGCGAAUUAAUGUGGAUAGAAAAGCGAAACGACCCUGGUGGCCCCUCUGCAUUCUUUGCUGCCAACUUGGCCGAUUGGUACAAUGUAUUUGGAACAGCGACAGACUCUGCCGCAAAUAUUCUGACAGACGGCCUUAUGCUUUAUCGUUGUUACAUCAUUUGGGGCUCAAGGCUGCAAAUAAUUGUCAUUCCUGCAAUUAUAUACUUGGCAUCUGCUACUAUGACGGUUAUGAUGGUGAUUGAGAGCGCCAUGCCAAUGUCAAAUAUAUGGCAGGGACUUGCCGCACAAUUUGGCAUAUCAUGGGUCGCGUUGACUGUCAGCUUUAACGUCAUUGUGACUGCAUUGAUCAUUUCCAGGCUGCUAUUCUUCCAUCGCACAGUACGAUCUGUCCUUACAGAUGAACAGAGGAGUACUUACACGGGUCUUGUGGCAAUUCUGGUGGAGUCUGCUCUCCCUUUCACAGUUCUCGGAAUUGCCUACCUCGUCACCUAUAUCAAAGGCCUUUCAAGUGCGACAGCGGUAGGAAUGGCCUGGGGAGCCUUGGUAGUUUUGACACCCCACCUCAUCAUUUUAAGAGUCGCUUCAGGAGUUGCGUGGUCGAGCGACACAGGCUCUCGCAUCACCCAAACGACCUUGCAUCUCCACCACGACUCAUCCUCUGGCAGCAGUAGUAUGAUCAGGAAGAAUCCCUGAUGUGGUAGACGUCCAUCUUGAAGCAACUGUUACUGUAGAUAGUGAU